CACACCUCUCCUCUCUCUCUCCUUCUCCAUUCUACUGACUGCAGAACGAAGUCAAAACUGGAGCAGAGUGACUUCCUACUAUGGAUCUUUGCUCAAACCGAACAUUGAGUCUGGCAGCACUGGGACGGCCCUUCUCCCUGGGAAUGCUGUAUGACUGUCGCAAUGACUACCUCAUUCCAGGCCUGACGCUGUGGAACGAGGAACCACUCAGAAAGCACAUCAUUACAACAGACGAGCCUUUCACCGACUUCAAAGUAAUCACAUCUGACUCUACAGCUGACAAAUACUCUCUGUUAAAUGUGAACGGCUCUCUCAAAGCAAGCUUUUUGGCAGGGCUGGUUAAGGUUGAGGGAUCAGCUAAGUAUUUGAAAGAUGUUAAAGAGUCUCAGAAUCAGGCGAGAGUCACACUUUGUUACAGCACUACGAAGAAAAACUGUCAACUGGCCAUGAACCAUCUUGGGCAGGAACACAUAAAGUACAAGGAGGUUUUUAGGGAAGGCAUAGCUACACAUGUGGUCACAGGUAUACUUUAUGGAGCAAAUGCUUUCUUUGUGUUUGAUCGUGAGGUCUCAAGUGAAGAGGACCGUCAAGACAUUGAGGGACACUUGAAAGUGAUGUUUAAUAUGGUUCCUGAUGUUUCUAUUGAAGGUGAGAGUGAUUUAGACAUGAAGAACACUUCUAAAACUAAAGCUGACAAGUUCUCUUGUAGAUUCCAUGGGGACGUUCUCCUGGAAAACAAUCCUGUAUCUUUUCAAGAUGCCAUGGACACCUACAAAACCUUGCCUCAGAAGGUAGGUGAGGGGGUUCCUGUGCAAGUCAAUCUACUUCCGUUAAAAGCCUUGGACCCCACUGCAGCCCAGAUGGUUUGUCAGAUCAGUGGAAGCUUAGUUGACCAAUGGCAUACUGCGCUGGAAUACCUCAGUGAGCUGGAGAUGAGAUGCAAUGAUGCAAUAAGAAGCAAGCCAGUAAAAUACUUCAAGGAAAUUGAUGCCAAAGUGAAAACUUUCAAAAAACUGUGUUCCACAGAGUAUUUGAAGACUACUUUGGCGGACCUCCUUCCGUCUAUUAGAGGGGGAGAAAAGGAAGAGAGGGUGUUGUCCGACUUCUUGAAAAAGCAGCAAGAGUUCCGUUUCAACAGCAACAUCCUCAGUGAAUGUAUGGAUCGCAUCGAGAGAGAGAUCAAUGUGGUUGAUCGAUUCCUAAGCAUGAUUACGGAGGACUACAGUCAGACCUGUUCCACCAAGAUAGUCACAUCGAAGAGCGAACUUGACAAAGAGGUCUUGAACUCAAAGGUGAAGCGUGUUGUAUGUUUCACUUUCACCUCUCUGGGGUGUGAGGACCCUAUUCUGUCAGCUUUGGAUUCCCCCUCUGAGAACACACAAACCUUAGUUCCAGUUAAACCUGAUUUGACAAGAUGGUACCACUCUGACAACAUAUUUGAUGACAUGGACAAGCAAGCUGGACUUUUCAAAGAUUUUGCAGAAGCUAACAAAGAAAACACACAAACACGUUUCCUCUUGGCCUCCAUUCCCAACAAGGAACAAGAAGGAGCCAGCAUUUACCUUUAUGAGAACGGAUCCAAAAGAAACGAGCGUUUCGAGCCUCCAUCUAAACCUGAGAAGCCCACAGCACGUGACAGAACUCACAACAGUGUGACGCUGGAGUUGUUCCCUCUUGAUAGGGGAGCCCAUGACGUCACCCACUACCUGAUUGAAUACUGUAUUGAUGAGAAAGAUGAAUGGAGCAGCGAGAAGACGUCUGAAUCCCACACAGCCUACACAGUGUCUGGACUGCUUCCCAGUACAGGGUACAAGUUCAAAUACAGAGCCGUGUGUUCAGCAGGCCUUGGUCCAGACAGCGAGGUUAGUGACAUCAUCAGAACCUUGCCGUCCGCCACUCUUUUAAUGGUUGAAGAUGUUUGUGUUGUUCUGUUAAAGGUAUUUGGAUUUCCAUUUUUCUUUGGAAACAAGAAACGAUACAGCCGGUGAAUAAACUAGUCAGGGUCAGGUUUGGAGAGCAGAGUUCCAGGACCAGGAGGACAAUCUAUCUGGUGGGAGACAAAGACCAGGUAAUGGCUCUGAUGAUCAACUACAUCCUGGGAGUUCAGUGGGAGAAUGGGUUCCGUUUCAAGCUACCUCAAAAUGACGAGGUAUCUACAAUGAUAUAUGAAAUCAAUUACCAGGAUGGAUUCCAGAUCCCCUUCUCCCUCACCAUUAUCUAUGAUAAAAAUGUAAGUGUAAAUCAAUAGAUUUGGACCAGAUCGGGGUCAAUGCUCUGUGCUCUGUGUGCGAUGCGGCUGAGUUUAGGGAUCUAGACUCUAAAGAUUGUAAAGAAAUGAAGAGAUGUAAGAUGGUGAACCUGUUGACACAUGCAGAUGGAAGGCAACUCUUUAAACAUAUGAACACUGAGGACAUUCCAGUUCACUUCAAGUUCAAUCUGUCAGCGUUUACAGACCAUGAUGAUGGUGAUGAUGAUGAUGAUGAUGGUGACAAUGAUGAUGGUGAUGAUGGUGAUGACCAUCCUCAGUUUGAGAAGAUGUUCUGGGAUGCAGAUAUGGGGAGUAUGAAGAGGUUUUUCAAGACCUUGUUGAAAAUGGAGAGCUCAUGUUCCCUCAACGACCUGAUUGGUUGAAUACAGACAGAUUGUGUUUCUUUAUUUAGCAGGUCAACCUCAUCUUGUUAUCUUCUUGGUGUCCAUAAUGCAGAGACAAGACCUCUCUGCUUUUGACCGUCUCAAGGCUAUUGGCCCUCAUUUCCUUUAGUUUCCUUCUACUGUUCUACUGUUCUACUGUUUACCUGUUCUACUGUUCUACUGUUCUACUGUUCUCCCCAGUUGUUAUGGGAUGUCCUCUACUGUUCUACUGUUCUACUGUUCUCCCCAGUUGUUAUGGGAUGUCCUCUACUGUUCUACUGUUCUACUGUUCUACUGUUCUACUGUUCUCCCCAGUUGUUAUGGGAUGUCCUCUACUGUUCUACUGUUCUACUGUUCUACUGUUCUACUGUUCUACUGUUCUACUGUUCUCCCCAGUUGUUAUGGGAUGUCCUCUACUGUUCUACUGUUCUACUGUUCUACUGUUCUCCCCAGUUGUUAUGGGAUGUCCUCCACUGUUCUACUGUUCUACUGUUCUCCCCAGUUGUUAUGGGAUGUCCUCCACUGUUCUACUGUUCUACUGUUCUCCCCAGUUGUUAUGGGAUGUCCACUACUGUUCUAUUGUUCUCCUGUUCUCCCCAGUUGUUAUGGGAUGUCCUCUACUGUUCUACUGUUCUACUGUUCUCCCCAGUUGUUAUGGGAUGUCCACUACUGUUCUACUGUUCUACUGUUCUCCCCAGUUGUUAUGGGAUGUCCUCCACUGUUCUACUGUUCUACUGUUCUCCCCAGUUGUUAUGGGAUGUCCUCCACUGUUCUACUGUUCUACUGUUCUCCCCAGUUGUUAUGGGAUGUCCUCCACUGUUCUACUGUUCUCCCCAGUUGUUAUGGGAUGUCCUCCACUGUUCUACUGUUCUACUGUUCUCCCCAGUUGUUAUGGGAUGUCCUCCACUGUUCUACUGUUCUACUGUUCUCCCCAGUUGUUAUGGGAUGUCGUCUAC